UACAUUUAAGAUUAGGCAAAUCAUUAUACACAGACAGUGUCAACGGUCUGCUUCCCUUGGUUCUCUGCCUUUGCUGUCUUGAGUUAUUUUUCAUGACAUAGGGUUCAAUUUAGCUAGUAGCAGUGACUUAAUAACUGUCCUGUAUUUAGCUUACAAAAUUUGAGUAGUUACAAUUAUAUUACCAUGUAAUAACUAUUGGAGUGUGGACUGUGGAUGCAAGGACUGACUAACAAUAUUAUCUUUUUAUUAUAGACUAUUUUACAUUGUUUACGAACAUUGGAGCAAAACAAUGUUUUUUUUUGUGUCUUGGGAAUUAGCUGAACUUAAGUGGCAUUUAUGUAAUGUUUAGCAUAUUUUUCAAGACUUGUGGGUAUAUAAAUCCAUUAUUUCUGCAAACAUGGAUAUAGCAACUACAAAUUCUAGCUUUGCUCUUUCUUGUUGCUUGCUCUUUCUGGUUUCUGGAUGGGUAUCUGUAAACGCACUUUGUGACAACUGCUGAUAUUAAAAGGGCCUUAUAAAAUAAAUUUGAUUGACUGACAUAUUGCUUGUUAGAGGGAAGUACUUGUUGUGUUUUUCGUAUUGGUUUGUCAUUAGUUUGCAAAAGUGGUUAAUAGACAAUAUUGCUUUUGAGACUAGCAAUGCUGCCCUCUACUGCUCAAGUACUGAAGCAGCUUUACAGAAACCUUGGUAAAUUCUCUUCAUGUAAAGUUUGUUUUUGGAUUGUAAUUGAUUUUGUAUUGCUCAUCUACACAUUCCACUGUCCCUGGAGGAUAGUGGAUGACUGUGGUGGUGCGUUCACCAUGGGGGCCAUCGGUGGAGGGGUAUUCCAGUCAAUCAAGGGCUUUCGGAACGCUCCUGUGGGCAUUCAGCACAGACUGAAAGGUAGUGCCAAUGCUGUAAGAAUAAGAGCUCCACAGAUUGGUGGUAGCUUUGCUGUGUGGGGUGGACUCUUUUCCACAAUUGACUGUGGUCUCGUCCGUAUUCGAGGAAAAGAGGACCCCUGGAACUCAAUAACUAGUGGGGCGAUGACUGGGGCAGUGCUGGCUGCACGCAACUUUAGUUCAUGGGCUUGACUGUUGGCUUGGUGCACUGCUCAGGUGGGCCCUUGGCUAUGAUGGGGUCAGCCAUGAUGGGUGGAAUCCUUCUGGCCCUGAUCGAGGGCUUUGGGAUCCUUCUCACCAGAUACACCGCACAGCAGUUUC